GAAAAUGGAAAAAUCAAAGGAAGAAGAACAAGCAGCAGCAGAAUUCUCUUUUUUUGAAUUUUCCUUUUUUUUUUUUUUGAGCCCGAGGAAGUAGAACAAGCAAAAUGUCUUGGCAAAGUUAUGUAGACGAUCACUUGAUGUGUGAGAUCGAUGGCAAUCAUCUCACUUCUGCUGCUAUUAUCGGACACGACGGCGCCGUCUGGGCUCAAAGUGCCAAUUUUCCCCAGUUUAAAGCAGAAGAAAUAGCAGCAAUUAUGGAUGAUUUUGAGGAGCCAGGAAAACUUGCCCCAACAGGCUUACAUCUUGGUGGAACUAAGUAUAUGGUAAUCCAGGGGGAACCAGGAGCUGUAAUCAGAGGAAAGAAGGGUCCUGGUGGCAUUACUGUUAAGAAGACGAACCAGGCUUUGCUGAUUGGGAUAUACGACGAGCCUAUGACCCCCGGCCAGUGCAAUAUGGUCGUCGAGAGGAUCGGUGAUUAUCUCAUCGAACAGGGUCUGUGAUGUCUCCAUAUUGUUGAAGCCCACAAUGUUUUUUUCCCUCUCUUUUUGUGUUAUUUUGAUGUUCAACAUCCUACUUCAUCUGGAGCAAAUCUCAAGUUGCCAUAAGUUGAGAUAGUGGUGUUGGUGUUUCAUGAGUUUGAAGGCUUGCUGGUGUUUUCCCAAAUGCUAAUGGAAAGUGAAAGAUGCAUGUAUCUUAACCUACAAUAUACAUGCUCUUGUAUUUUCAACUCUUUGUAAAACACAUACUACGCUUAAAACAAAAUAACAAAAGGUUAUUGUCGUGAA